UUCCCACACUGAAGAGACUGAUAUGGACCCUUCUCAAAAUACCUGCCUCCCCAUAUCUGAACAUGACAACAGAGUCAAGUGGACUACAGCUCUUCUACCACAUGUUCUCACUAGAACCCAGAGAACUUGAAGCAGGAACUUUUUGAUUCCUUGUAAACCGAAGAAGAGGAAAAAGGCUGAAGAAGAGGAGGAGACGGAAGAGGAGGAGGAGGGAGAGGUGUGGGACCUCGUGUAUGUCAAGUGGAAUUCAAGUCCAGGGUGCUGAGCAGGCAGAGUAGAGGGGCACUGGCUCCUUGACGGAACUGAUCAGACUCAGCAGACGCCAAGCAAGAUAGGCACGACUAAGACGGAGUGAGGUACAGUCAAUGAGACAGCUGAAAAAAGCCAACUCUACAAAUAAACAUAACGCUUUGCUUUUCACUGCUGCCAAAAACAAGGGUGUGUUGAUGUUCAAGAAGUGUUGACAAAGGGUCAGAAGGCUCUUGCUGGUUAGCUACACUGUUACAGCUUCUAGAUGACAGAUUUCAGGACAAGAAUGAGAUUGUACACUACAAAGUAAGUCAGGACUUCAGAUUGCCACACUCUUCAUAAAUUGAAUCUGAGAAGACGAAUGCUCAGGUCAAGGUUCUGUUUUGAGCUACAUCUGAAUUUUUAAGCACAGGCUGAGUAUAACUUGGAAACAAUGGAGCAUCUUCCACAGACAAAAGGCAAGGGAGUCUUAAUGUUUGCCAAGAGGCGUCAAAGGAUGGAUGAGCUUUCUGUAGAACAAGAGGAAAUGAGAAGAAAAGGCAUACCAGUGGAUGCAAUUAUGGAACCAGUAGGUGAAAUUGUAAAGCGUCCUCCACAAGAAGAAAGUACACAAGCCCCACAAGAUGUCUAUGAAAGACAACAACAGCAGUAUCAAGAGCAGCCAAUUCAGCAACAGAUGUUGCCACAGUCAGCAAAUGGUAUGAAUGGUCUGGAUCCAUACCAAGGUUUGGCUGUUCCCAGACCCCUUGUUCCCAACAGAACUGCUAAGCCCUUCCUGGGUGGUUAUAAUCAAGGCAAAAAAUCUUUUUCACCAGUCAGAGGUGUCUCAAGCCCAACAACUAAGAAACCUGAAAACAUAUUCAAAGUUGCUGUUCCAGUAAACACAACCCCACAGGUUUGGUCCCCCACAUCAGACAUCAUUGCUUCACGUGAUGAACGUAUUGCUAUACCUGCAAUUAAAACGGCGAUUCUGCCAGAAACUAAAAGGAGAGGAGCAAACAAGACAGACUUGAAAGAAAUGCCCCUGCUUCAAAAGAAAGGAGAUCAGAAGUCCUUAACAGAGUCAGUUCCAGAAGAGGACUUUCUCAGUCUGGGUGCUGAAGCAUGCAAUUUCAUGCAAGCUCCAACGAUCAAGCAGAAAAAACCCCCACCUGUCCUACCCAAACCUGUCAUCAACCCAGCUCACCCUCCCUGGGCUGCAGAGGGCCAUGCCAUCUCUAGGAGUCCCCUUGCAGCAUCAAGCUCAGUUCCAGUUAUGGGACACACCCAGGUGCAGGCAAUACCCCAACAAAACCCACCAAAGCUACAGCCUGCAGGAAGAGCCCGGCCCUCAUUGUCAACUCAGCCAAUAUCCCCACAGGCAUCACCUGCUUGGGUUCCAUCCCACCCACCAGAUCUGCAUCAAUCAGCCUGGACUCCAGAACCACAUCAGGCACAACAUAAACCAGAUUCACUCCAUGCUGGUCCUUCCCAGUCUAAAACAUCAUGGAUUAGGUCACAAAAUGAUGGUAACUCUGUUGCUUCCUGUCCACCCCAACACCUGGGCACAUACGUUCAGAUAUCUAAGGCUCCAUCAGCUUCUCCUAAAGGGUAUUCAUCAGAUGCAGGUGCUUCUGAGGGUCUGAACCUUAAAGGAAAAGGGGCUGAACUGUUUGCUCGGAGACAGUCCCGUAUGGAAAAAUUUGUGGUGGACGAUGAGACUGUGAGAGCCAACAAGGCCAGAUCCUCAUCACCAACACUUUCAAUGCCAAGCACUUGGAAAUACUCUUCUAAUGUCCGUGCCCCACCUCCAGUGUCCUACAAUCCUAUUUUGUCCCCCUUUUAUCCCCUUGCAGCAGUUAAACAACCCCCUCCUGCAACUAGUCCAAAGAUAAAGCCUAAAGCAAACAAGGAGAAGAUGAAUCCACCACCCAAACAUCUCAAUGUUCUGGACGUUAUGAAACAUCAGCCUUACCAACUGAAUUCUUCACUUUUUACGUACAACUCCACUCUAGAGGCUAAGGAAACAGUUUCCCCUAACGAGUCUAAGCAAACUUCUAAUCAAACCCCUACCAGUUUUCAGACCCAGUCCCUCACUCAUGAGGCAUCUACAACAUUCUCUCCAUCCCCAAAUAGUUGUUCCAAAAGUACACAGCCAGUUCUAAAGCCAUCUAAAGCAACUGGAGAGGGAUUCAGCAGGAGCCGUUCCUUGUCUUUUCCUCAGAGACUGUCCUCUGUGUCUCCCGCUUUCCCUGUGUCCACCUCAGGUGUCCAUCCAACACGCGAAUCACUGAAUAGGCAAUAUUCUUGGGUGGAGCAUCCCAAAAAAACACUCUCUUCUAUGGAGAGUGUUGCUCAAAGCCCUUUUGUUCUCGAUGAGGUCAAAAAGUCUGCUGCUCAUAGAAAAUCACUACCAGAAACACCAGCAGAAUGGAAGCAAAGAGUGUCCUACGAGUUAGUUGGUGGCCCACAGGAGAUGGCGCCUGUAAUAGCAGUUACAUCCCCUACUAGCAGCUUUUCCUCUGUGCCAAAAGAACCAAUUGUAUAUGGGCCCCCUUUCCAUACCUCACAGCUUCUGGUGACCAGCAACAGGUACAGCAGGGGUAGUUCUCUGCCAAGUAAUCUCACACUUCACACAAACUAUCCACAAUCGUAUAGAGUCAGUUGGAAACUGUAAUCAAAAUAAUUUUGUGAUUGAUCAAAUUAAAUCAUAGAAUAGUUAUUACAAAAAGGGGCUUUAUGAGUUGAUAUUUGAAUUGAUUCAUUUUGUAAUUACAGAAGUUUUAGUAAAUUGUUAUUCAGUAAAAACAAUUGUUAAGAGGAAAAAUAUGAAAUUUGUUCUUUUGUUCAAUACUACACUCUGUAUAAUAUUGGUGUGCAAUUACCUUUAAUUACAAAUGAAAUCAAUUUUGUUGCUGUUGGGAGUGGGCAGAGAAAUAAGUGGACAAAACGAUUUUUUUUUUUUUUUUUAAUAAUAGUAAGACUCAUCAUCAUCAAUACAGAACACAGGUUUUAGUGACUUGCAAGACCUAAAUUAAGCAGGAUUGUGUGCAGUGAGAAUAAAUUCAUUGUUAGCAGGCAAUGUCAGUUUAAAGUUUGUUGUAGGCCUAGCAUUCUAGCAUUUUUAUUAAGUUUCAUUUUUUAAAUCUAACUUAAAGGUAAGGUAGGCAAUUUCAGAGUAGCUAAAUAGCAAGUUAGCUUUGAAAGCAUGAGAUCCCACCCUCCCUUCUGAGCACUCUCCAAAGCCACGCCUCCUCUAAAAGUCAUGGAUGCAUAGAGCAGUUUCUGCAAAGAAUCACAAGACAAGAGACGGUGUUAAAUUAAAGCACACAAUGCAUAGAAACGCAUAAAUUCUAGUCUGAGGACAUGAACAGCUCUGGGUAGAACGUCAAGGGUUGCCAUCUCGUAAUUACACUUACGACAUGGUGAGAAAGCAGCAUAAGCUUGUUGUUUUGGUUAAGGAGGAACUGUAAAAUGUGGCUGCUGUUUGUUUACUGUCUGUGUUCAACUCUGCAUAGCCUUACGGAAUGAGCUCAUGACGUGCGAUCCUACACGAACAGGGUGUGCGGAGGUAUGGAAAUGUUACGUUGACAGGCAGGUAGGACAAUGUAUCAUUGCAUUCGAACCAAAUGCAAUGAUUGGAUGAACAUUUUUUGUCCUAAGACUUCCACAGAGGAUAUAUGUGUUUCAAUAUUUAGAACACUUCUAUUAUUCAUUGCUAUAAGGAUGUGAAGAGAGUUUGAACCAGUUUAACAAAAAGUGUUUAUAAAACAAAUUGCCAACCCUACCUUUAAUAUUAUUAAAUAACCUAAGUAAUUUUAAAUUACUAGUGGGUCCUGCCCCCUUGUUGAGAACUGCUGGACUGAAUUGUUUGUUAAAAAGCACCCAUUACAUCAUGUACAUUACAUCUUUUACACUAUGAAUGAGCACAAAAGGAGUGAAAGUCACUUUUUUUUUUCAGUGGAGUUAGUGUUAUGUUAGAUUACUUUAAUUUGUCCUCAAAGAGGAAAUUCUUUUCCACAGUAUGUGUGUAUGUGUUUUCUGUGAAAUAUAUAUCAGAUUUUUGCUUGACUUCUGUCUUGUACAAUUAAUCUAUUUAGUUGUGACAAAUGCAGUUAGUAUGCAACAAAGAUUAAUCUGAAUUUAGAUCUCACACUACAAAUAUGACAAGUUCAUGACAAGCCUUCAAAACAACAUUUUAAAAUGUUUAAAUAAAAGAGUAUUCAGACUUUGUUGGAAAUUGUGGAAGUGUGGUGAUUUCAUUGUUAUUCUUUUUAGUCUUUGAUUAUGCCUUUAUCUCUGAUAGUGAGGCCAGCAGGGGGUGAUCUGUGUGGGUCCUAACACCCCAGUAUUGUGAUGGG